AUCAACUAUGAACUAAGCAUUUUUGUCCAUUAAUUCAUUAAUACAUCAAACUUCUAUCUAUAUUAUAUCAUAUCUUUGCCUCUUCCUCUGAGUUGCUGCCAUAAACAUUAUUCAAUACCACCAACCAGUGCCUAUCUGCCUGUGCUCAUGUCUAUCCCCAAUUCUUAAGAUUGAAAAAAUCAAAUUCACAAAUUUUUCAGUUGUGACUGGCACAUAGACACUGGUUGGAAUGCUGAGAGAUGUUCUCUGUUUCUAACCCUAACUCUGAGAUCCAGAAGGUUCUGUCUUUGCUCUUGCUGAAUUUGCUGAUUCACUAUUCAUUGAUGCAAAAUUGGCACGCAAAAUUUUUGGUAUUGCCUGCUAUGCUUGUACAUGAUUUGUGCGAAGACGGUUGAAUCUUGAUUCUUUCUCUAUUUAAACAUUUUGCAUUCUCUUCGAAGUAGCAAAGGAUAUAGUAUUUAUUAUCUGGCAGAGGAUUUAGCAUACUUCAAAUUCAAGGUUCUCCAAUGGAUAGCUCUACAAAUACCUUGAUGCAAAGAUAUGAAUUGGGAAGGCUACUAGGCCAAGGAACCUUUGGCAAGGUUUACUAUGCAAGGAGCGCGAUUACUAACCAGAGUGUGGCCAUCAAAGUAAUUGACAAAGAUAAAGUUGUUAGAACCGGGCAAUGCGAGCGGAUUAAGAGGGAAGUAACUAUUAUGAGGUUGGUUCGUCAUCCGUAUAUAAUUCAGCUUCUUGAGAUCAUGGCCACCAAGAGCAAGAUUUACUUUGUUAUGGAGUAUGCGAAAGGUGGCGAGCUUUUUGACCUUGUGGCCAAAGGAAAGCUCAAAGAAGAAGUUGCUUACAAGUAUUUUAGGCAGCUAGUGAAUGCAGUCGAUUUUUGUCACAGUCGAGGUGUAUACCAUAGAGAUAUAAAGCCGGAGAAUCUUCUGUUGGAUGAGAAUGAGAAUCUUAAGGUGUCGGAUUUUGGGUUAAGUGCGUUGGCCGAAUCGAAAAGGAAGGACGGAUUGCUGCAUACAACUUGUGGAACUCCUUCCUAUGUUGCCCCUGAAGUCAUUAGAAGGAAAGGUUAUGAUGGUACAAAAGCUGAUAUUUGGUCUUGUGGAGUAGUUCUCUUUGUCCUGUUGGCAGGGUAUCUCCCUUUUCAUGAUUCAAAUUUGAUCGAGAUGUACAGAAAGAUAAGCAAAGGCGAAUUCAUUUGUCCGAGUUGGUUCCCGAACAAUGUCCGGCGGCUAUUGUGCAAGAUGUUGGAUCCAGAUCCAGAAAAUAGGGCUACCAUAGCUAAGAUCAGGGAGUCAUCUUGGUUUAGGAAAGGGCCAAAUGCUAGACAGAAAAAGCUUGAAGUCGAAAACAAGUCCAUCACAAAUUGUGCUGAUCAAAACAAUGAAGGUGAUAAUGCAGUGGCUGAAUCAAAUCAAGAGCCGGCUGCUACGAGUAUAAACGCCUUUGAUAUCAUAAGCCUGUCCUCUGGCUUCAACCUUAAUGGAUUCUUUGAAGACAGUUUCCAGAAAAGGGAAGCAAGGUUUACUUCCAGACAGCCGGCACCCGUCAUCAUAUCGAGGUUGGAAGAAAUCGCGAAGCGGCUAAAGAUGAAGAUAAAGAAGAAGGCUGCUGGUUUGUUGAAAUUAGAGGGACUCAAAGAAGGUAGGAAGGGGAAUCUAUCACUGGAUGCUGAGAUCUUUGAGGUUACUCCAUAUUUCCAUUUGGUGGAAGUGAAAAAAUCCAAUGGGGACACAAUGGAAUAUCAAGAAAUUAUGGAUAAGGAUAUAAGGCCUGCCCUUAAGGACAUUGUUUGGGUUUGGCAAGGUGAAAAUCAACAAGAGCAAUCACAACAGUCGGCACAACUGAUACAUGAGAACGACGAGCAGUAAGAAGGCGCGACCGCGGCCAAGGGUGCAAAGCUCUCACCCUUGGCCCCUGCCUGAUAGGAUCCGAGGAGCAGAGUAUAUGUACAAAGUUUGAACUAGUGAGCUCAUGGCUAUAAUACAAUAACUCCAUCAUUAUUCUAAGACCUGCCUUCUACCUGUAGCAAGGAACUCAGUCAUAAAAUGAUUCUCAAUUUUCAAUAUAUCAUGCUGCUUGUUCUCAUGUGUCUCGAAGUCUGUUUGGGAAGAGUUAUAUUUCUCGGUCUUGCUAUCUGAUAUCUUCUGUUAUUUUAUUCAAGGUUUGUUUCGAAGGAAUUAAAUAUUAUUAUAUAAAUAACUGACCUUAAUCGUGUUCUUUCCAA